AUGAUGGAGGGGGCCAGCCAGACGAACUACCACUUCUCCGUGAAAAACGUAAGUUUCUUCAAAAGCGCCUUGGCCCUCCUGAGCGUAGAUGACACCAAAGGGAACUCCACCGUUAGGAGAAGCACAGGCAGCAACCAGUCGGAGGGGGAAAAUUGCAUUCUGUUUAAUCUGUUUGAAGACGGGUUAAUGUUAAGGAGCUGGUCCAAGUGCAAACAGAUUUACUGUUUUUUGUUCCUCGAUUCUGACUGCUUUAGUAGCUACAGCAUUUUGGAAAAGGGGGCGAAGCAUUGGGAAGCGAAGCAUGGGGGGAAGCGUCGGAGAAGAGGAAGUGACGUCUCCACAGGGGGGAAGAAUGCCCCAUGUGGGUGUCAUCACUCAAGUGGCCUAUCCGACGGUGCAUGCAGCAGAUGCCACACCCCCAGGGCGAAGCGCUGCAAACGGGAAUGUGAAUAUAUGCACAGCGACGAAGCGAGCCAGGAAGGAGCGAGCCAGGAAGGAGCGAGCCAGGAAGGAGCGAGCCACGAAGAAGAUACCAACAGCGUAAAUUCGGAUAACCUGUACACCACCCACGCCCUAAGCAUGGAGAGCAACAGCCUAAUCAAACUGAAGGCGGUGUCUCCGCUGAAGGUGAAACCCACGCAGAGCAGCAAGAGGGAAGAUGAAAAUGCGGACGAGUAUUCUAUACGAAAAAGGGUGUAUGAAAGGGUCGAUGGCGAGAAAAGGAGUAGCAGCAACAGCGGCGUUGAAUUUCUGGUGUGCCAGCACGAACUGCUCAGAGCGGUGGAGUUCCUGGAGCCUAUUCUGUUGAACAUCAAAUUUGACUACGCCAAUCGGAAGCUGAUUUUGCAACUGACGGAUGAAGACGGGGACACGUCUGAGACCUUCGUCAGAGUCAUCGUAGACUUCUACUAUGAAAUAACCAAAUUAGAAAAACAUACCUUUUUACAAAACGAAUACAAUUUCUUUGCCAUAAAGUCCACCACCUUUUCCUUUUACCUAGAUUACUUAAUUAGGAGCAACGAUCAGUACAUUACGUUUUACAUAACUGAAUAUGCCAACGAUAGCAGCGCGGUGCUUAAAAUGGAAACGAAGAACAGGAAUUACCAGCGGUCCGUUCAGCUCAUGCCGAAGGAGAACUUCCAGGACUUUAAGAGCUCCAAAAGUCAAAUAUUCAAGUACCGGAUAAGGGACUUGUCAAAAAUUAACCAGGCUCUCAAAAUAAGUUCCCACCUCAGGAUGGAUUUCCAGGAAAACGGCCUGCUGCGCUUUCAGUUUACCCUCAGGGAGUACAACAUGAACGGAACGCAUUUGUGUUACUUCGUACAACCCCUGACUGACAUGUCCCUUCUCAAUUUUGCGUAA